AUGAGUUUGACGCCGGCACUGGUACGGACCGUGGAGAAAUACUCAUUCCAUUAUAUUCGGAUGGACUGUCACGAACAGGAAUCGUGCUUCGGUGUGUUUGCCGUGCACAGAAUCACGUUUGCCCUUGCGCUCUUUCACAUGAUUCUUGCGCUGUUGCUCAUGGAUGUGACGAACACGCGGUCGAAGCGCGCAGCGAUUCAGAACGGAUGGUGGGGUCCCAAGAUUGCCGCAUGGCUUUUCCUUGUUGUGUUUACCUUCCUCAUUCCGAAUCCUUUUUUCAUGUUCUGGGCCAACUACAUUGCGCCGCUGCUCGCCAUGUUUUUCAUCCUGAUCGGCCUCGUAUUACUAGUAGAUGUGGCACAUUCAUGGUCAGAAUGGUGUCUUGAUCAGUGGGAGCGCCAUGGCAUGGAUGGGUGGAUGUAUCUGCUCGUCAGUAGCACAGUGGGACUCUACGCCUCUGUCUUAGGUGCGACGUUUGUCUUAUACCACUACUUUGCACCUGCUGGGUGUGCAGCGAACCGCACAUUCAUCACAAUCAAUCUCGUGAUUGCAAUCUUGCUCACUAUCCUCUGCGUUCAUCCACGCAUCCAGGAGGCGAAUCCACGCAGCGGCCUCGCACAGAGCAGUGUCGUCCUCGCCUACUGUACCUACCUUCUCACUUCUGCACUAAUGAAUCGCGACAAUAAGCAAUGCAAUCCGAUCGCGCGUGGGCGUGGAGAGACGACCAAGUCCACCACGGUCAUGGUCGGUGCAUUGUUCACGUUUGUCGCAAUUGCCUAUUCUACGACAAGAGCCGCGACGCAGUCGCAAGUGCUGGUGGGCAAUACUACCGAGUCUGUGGCGCUGGCGCCUUCUGGGUACGAGCCAGUAUCCAUGGCCGCAGCCAUCACCGAACAGCCGCAGCCAAAAGAGCCGCUGCGUAUCCAGGCAAUCCGGUCCGCCAUCGACGCAGGCGCUCUGCCGGCAUCGGCGCUGGACGAGGAGAUACAUGCACAAGAUGAGGAAGAAGCGCUACCUCCAGGUACGGUCGUUUCUGCGCCGCUCAACGAUGACGAGCGCUCCGGCACGCGCUACAAUUAUAGCUUUUUUCACAUUAUCUUUGCCAUGGCGGUGUGUUAUAUGGCAAUGCUGCUCACCGACUGGCAAACGAUCAAGAUCGGCGCACCACCGCCGAAUCAUGGGCAGAACGACUCUCCGAUGGUGUACAUUGGCGUCAGCCCUGCAUCGAUGUGGAUCCGUAUCGUGAGCAGCUGGGCUUGUGCGCUGCUGUACAGCUGGACGUUGCUGGCACCAGUAGUGAUGCCAGAGCGGUUUGGGUACGUGUGA